AACGCUGUCAGACGAGUGUGCCACAGAGGUCAACCAUGUUACCAGAGUGCCACUCUAAAAGUAUCGUACAAACUGUUCUGCUUGGAGCAACUAGUAAGUGCCUUGGAGGAGCAACCACUUGUGAGCCUGCAGCGACAACUCCUUUUCGAGGGAAACGAAAUCUGCAGUAAUCAAGGGGAUCUUUCUGCAGAGGACGAAAUUGCUCGCGCAAAGGCAAGAGUCCAUACACCUGCAGGAAAGAAAAAAAGACCAUCUUCUAAGUCCUUAUUGCAAGUCGGGCUUGGUGAGGGACGUGCAACUAGAGAGGUAGAAAUUAUAUGGUGGCCAAAUGUAUAUACUGUGACAGAGCACGGCCAAAUGAUUAUCCGAAUGUAUAUACAGAAAUGUGAUUUUUAA